GGACUUCGGAAGAGCCGUGCCAGCCAUAGAGAAGGAGGAUCCUGCUUCAUAGGUAGGAAGAGACCAUUAACACAGAAGCACUCCCAGACCAAUGGCCUCCAAAGUGUCCUGGAGGAAAUGGAGCUCAUGCAGAGCUCCAGGGAUGGGCAGAUUGAAGAAGCCAUCAGGUUCAGCCAGGAGCUGGAGAAGGAGCUGAAGAGCUCUCAGGAAGCUCUGGUCAGCCUGGGGGAUUGCAACCGUAACCUGAAGAGGGAGCAGGCAGAGAUGAGGAGGAAGGUGGAAGAGGCCAGACACGCUGUCCUGAACAGUCUUGGCAAAGUGAAGGAGCUGGAAGUGAGAGCUAAGGAGGUGCCACAUCUGCAAAUACACAUCCAGCAACUGGAAUCACAACUGCAGCACUACAGGUCGGAACUGGAGCGAUGCCAGAUGGCCCAGCAGAGCAGCCCCGAGCAGCAGCAGCAGCAGCAGCAGCAGAAGCAGCAACAGCAGCAGAGUAGCCCCGAGCAGCAGCAGCAGCAGAGCAGCUCUGAGCAGCAGCAGGAGCAGCAGGAGGGAGCAGCUGUGCCCGGGGGCACCUGUGGAGCGUCCGUGGCACCGCCAGGCACCGCCAACCACGCAGAGGAGCAGCUCUUCCGCUCCGUGGAGGGCCAGGCUGCCUCAGACGAGGAGGAGGAGCAGUGGCCAGGGGGCCACGGGAAGAGGAUCCUGGCCAAGCCGCCUUGCUGUGGCAGUGGAUGUGAUGAAAAGACAUGGAGAAAGCUGCUGUCCUACCUGGAGACCACCAGCAGUGAGGGGAAGGACCCUGUGGAGCUCUCAGGGACAAUCUGCCCCCUCGCAGAGCAGCCAGAACUCAAGGGCCACCAAGAGAAAAAACUGGAAACAAGCAUGGAAGAGGUAACAGAUGAAGGGCCCCUGGCUUGGGCAGCUGCAGCAGAAGGUGGAGGAGACAGAAGUGCUGAAGAUGGAGCUGCAGAUGCUGGAGACAGAGAGGGUUCGGCUGUCCCUGGUGGAAGAGAAGCUCCUGGAUGUUCUGCAGCUUCUCCAACAGCUCCGAGACUUGAACAUAUCAAAGCGAGCCCUGGGGAAAAUCCUGCUGAGCACUUUGGAAUCCUGCCAUGACCCCCAGCCUGGUAAAGCCCAGCUGUUGGAAGUGCUGGACACCCUUCAGCAGGAGCUGGCAGCCUGUGAACUGUUGCACAAGCAGCCCUUGGAGCAGGCACAGAGCCCACGGUCCCUGUCCAACCCCCUGGUGAUCUCCUGCUGAGC